AUGUUAAUAAGCUUGGAAACUUUCCCUAUCCAACUCUAUCUAUCUAUCUAUCUAUCUAUCUAUCUAUCUAUCUAUCUAUCUAUCUAUCUAUCUAUCUCCCUCUCACUCUCCAUUCGGGCUUCCUUACUUUCUUUCCUUUAUUUGGGCCAUUCGGGCUUCCUUACUUUUUUUCCCUUUAUUUAUUCGCGCCAUGCUGUCAGCCAUUCUGCUGCUCUCGCUUGCAUUCAUUUAUUUAUUCUUGCACUUCUGCCUUUCUCGAAUUCUUUUCAAUAUUUAUCUGCGCGGUUCUUCCUUUUCCACUUUCUUUCAUUUAUUUAUUUAUUCCUACCAUUCUGUCAGUCUUACUUUCGUUUAAUUUUUCGUAUCAUUCGUUCUUUCUCGCAGUCUUUCCUUUUUUUAUUCGUGCCAUUAGAUUUUAUUGCUUUUCUGCCUAUGUCAAUUCAUGCCAUUCUCCUUUCUUGCUUCCUUUCCAUUAUUUAUUCCUUCCAUUCUGUCUUUCUUGCCUCCUUUCCAUUAUUUAUUCCUUCCAUUCUGUCUUUCUUGCCUCCUUUCCAUUAUUUAUUCCUUCCAUUCUGUCUUUCUUGCCUCCUUUCCAUUAUUUAUUCCUUCCAUUCUGUCUUUCUUGCCUCCUUUCCAUUAUUUAUUCCUUCCAUUCUGUCUUUCUUGCCUCCUUUCCAUUAUUUAUUCCUUCCAUUCUCCUUUCUUGCUUCCUUUCCAUUAUUUAUUCCUUCCAUUCUGUCUUUCUUGCUUCCUUUCCAUUAUUUAUUCCUUCCAUUCUGUCUUUCUUGCCUCCUUUCCAUUAUUUAUUCCUUCCAUUCUGUCUUUCUUGCCUCCUUUCCAUUAUUUAUUCCUUCCAUUCUGUCUUUCUUGCCUCCUUUCCAUUAUUUAUUCCUUCCAUUCUGUCUUUCUUGCCUCCUUUCCAUUAUUUAUUCCUUCCAUUCUGUCUUUCUUGCCUCCUUUCCAUUAUUUAUUCCUUCCAUUCUGUCUUUCUUGCUUCCUUUCCAUUAUUUUUAUUUCAAUUCUGUUUUUCUUGACUUCUUUCCUUUAUUUAUUCAUUUAUCUAUUUAUUCGUGUUAUUCUUCCUUUCAAACUUUCUUUUCCUUUAUUCAUUCGUACCAUUCUGCUUUUCUUGCUUUUUUCCCAUUAUUUAUUCAUAUCAUUUUGCCUUUAUUUAUUCGUACCAUUUGUUUUUCUUGUUUACUUUUCUUUUUUUUAAUUAAUGCCAUUCUCUCUUUUUCUCUUUCUAUCCUUCAUUUAUUUGUGUCAUUUAGACUUUGUAGCUUUUUUCUUUUAUUUAUACGCGACCUUGUGCCUUUCUCGCUUUCAUUCCUUUAUUUAUUCGUACCAUUCUUCGCUUCCUUUAUUUAUUCAUCGGAUACUGUCUAUAUGGAUUUUAUAUUCCUUUAUUUACUUGUGCCAUUCAUCCUUUUCCAUUUUCUUUGCAUUAUUUAUUCGUGCCAUUCUGUCUUUGUGACUUUCUUUUCAUUAUUCAUUCGUGUCAUUUUCCCUUUCCCGCCUUGUUUCCUUUAUUUAUUCGUGCUAUUCUGUCUUUCUAGCUUACUUUCCAUAAACGUUUUUUUUCUUUUUUCAUUAAUGACAUUCUCUCUCAUUCACAAAAAAAAAAAUAGAGAAAUCUUUUAUUUAUUCGUACCAUACUAUCUUUCUUGCUUUCAUUAUUUAUUCGUGCCAUUCUUUCUUUCCCGAUUAUCCGUCGUUCACUCGUGCCAUUCUCUCUUUCUCACUUUCUUUCCAUUACUCAUUCGUACAAUUCUGUCUUUUCUCGCUUUAUUUCCAUUAUUUAUCCUCGCCAUUCUCUCAGUCCGGUGUAUUUCCUUUAUUUAUUCGUACCAUUGUGUCUUUCAUGUUUUGUUUCUUUUGUUUUUCCUUCCAUUCUUUCUUUCUCGUUUCCUUUUCUUUAUUUCCUCAUGCCAUUGUCUUUCUCCCUUCCUUUCCAUUAUUUAUUCGGUCCAUUCUUUCCUUCACGCUUUCUUUUCUUUAUUUUUACAUUCCAUUCUUCCAUUUUCUCUUACUUUCCUUUUUUUCCCCCGUCCUUUUGCAUUUCUCGAUUUCGUUUCAUUAUUUAGCCGUGCCAUUCUCUCGUUUCUCCUUUCUUUCCUUUAUUUAUUCCUGCUAUUCUUCCUUUUCCAUUUUCAUUCCAUUAUUUAUUCGUGCUCUUCUUCUAUUUGUAUCUAUCUAUUUAAUUCUAUUCUUAUCUAUAUAUCUAUCUCGACCUAUUUAUAUCUAUCUAUCUAUCUAUCUAUCUAUCUAUCUAUCCAUCUAAGCCUAUUCUUAACUAUAUAUCUAUCUGUCUCUGCAUAUUUAUAUCUUUCUCAGCCUAUUGCUAUUCUAUUUGUAUCUAUCUAUAUAUUCCUAUUCUUAUCUAUAUGUCUAUCUCAACGUAUUUAUAUUGAACUCGGACUAUUUCUAUCUAUCUAUCUAUCUAUCUAUCUAUCUAUCUAUCUAUCUAUCUAUCUAAGCUUAUUCUUAUCUAUAUAUCUAUCUGUUUCAGCAUAUUUAUAUCUAUCUCAGCCUAUUUACAUCUAUCUAUCUAUCUAUCUAUCUAUCUAUCUAUCUAUCCUAUUCUUAUCUAUAUAUCUAUCUGUCUCAGCAUAUAUCUAUCUCAACCUAUUUCUAUCUAUCUAUCUAUCUAUCUAUCUAUGCCUAUUCAUAUCAUGUAUCGCAUAUUUCCUCUUCAUACAUAUAAUGAUAAGGUGA